ACAGUGACAAAAUGUACAAAUCUGAAUAAAUAUUAACAUAGAAUAGGUAGUAAAAAAUAUUAUAUCGCAACAUUUUUAUUUUAACAACAGUUAAAAAGUAGACAAAGACUUUGCUUUUGAACAAAAGGUAAUAAUUAAGUAAUUACGAGAUACCGGCCUGGGAUUAUCGUAUUCAUUAUCGUGAUUAUAUUAGAUAUUGUUAUCAGUUUGUUUAAUUUAAAAUGCACUUGAAUUUAAAUUUUAGUUCCGUUUGCUUAAUAUCGAUAACAUAAUUAGUCGGUUGAAAACGUACACACACACUUAUAAAAUCAUAUUGCUGUAGGAGAUUAUAGAUCGCUUAACAUCUGGCCUUGUCAAUUUAAUGCUGUUUAAAAUGAAGACUACAAAUAGUAAUAUUCUUCAAAAUGUGUUGAAUCCCAUGCUUCCCAUCAAUAUGUUACUCAAAGGAUAUUCUCUCUGUAUUUUGGUUGUGGAUGUAUUGUGGGUAAUUGUGAAUGCCAUAUAUGCAAUUUUACAGACUAUUUAUGAAGUAUUUAAACCUCCUCCUUUGAAAUCUGUAGAAGAUGAAACAGUAAUGGUAAUUGGCUCUGGCAGAGGUGUUGGUAGAGAGUUAGCUAUACAGUUAGCUUUCCUCGGUGCCAAAGUGGUUUGUGUAGACUAUGAUGAGUCUAACAAUAGUAAAACAGUAGCAUAUAUUAAUCGUAAAGGUGGUGUCGCACUAACCUUCACUAAAGAUAUAACAAAGAAAGAAAAUAUAGAAUGUUUAGCAGAGGAAAUAAGAAGGGAUGUUGGUUUCAUCAGUAUGAUGUUCUAUUGCUGUGGAAUCCCCAGUCCAAGGGCCUUGAUGACACAACCACCACAGGACAUUCAUGACACUCUAGAUCUUACUUUAACAUCAUAUUUUUGGCUCAUAGAAAAUUUCUUACCUGAAAUGAAAGCUAGAAACCAUGGCCAUAUUGUUGCUCUGACUUCUGUGGCUGGUCUCAGUCAUAUUAAAGAUCAGAUGCCACUAAGUGUUGCACAGUUUGCAGUGCAGGGGCUUGCAGAAUCACUUAUGGAGGAUCUUAGAAUUAAUAAGAUUAAUGAAGUUUAUGUCACUCUUAUACAUAUUUAUCCAUUUAUUGUUGAAGACAGUUCAGACUUAAGAUUGAAAAUAUCCAGUUACUUUGGCACAAUAACACCUGCUAGAGCAGCCAACUCAAUUUUGGAAAGUGUUCUACGCAAUUAUCCAGAAGCAUCUGUCCCUAAACGUUUACUAGUAAUGGGCAAUCUGCUUCGAAUUUUACCGAGGAAAGCGACAGUGCUUAUUAGAGAUCUCUUGGACACUGGAGUAGAUUUUGCAUGAUCUGUUUAAUAUUUACAUUAGUCACUCAAACAUAAUAAUUAAAAUCUUUGUUAGUAUAUAUCACAAUUAUAUUAAUUUAAAUGAUAAAUGAUUGUGAGUUAAGAAUCAAACUAUUCAAAAAGUUAUUUAAAAAUAUUGAAAGAUUUCCUAUUUUAUAAUUAUAUCAAGAUAUUAAUCGCAUUUAGUAUGUACUUAUUUGUAUAUUAUAUAUUU